CUAUGCAUUUAUCCUCUCAAUACGUCUUUUGUGUAAAGUUCUGACGUCUGUGACGAGUGACUGAUGAAUACAUCUGAGCGUAAUCGUUUGCAAGAUGGAUUUGACCAGUGCAAUAGUUACGGACAAGGUUGACACUGUCAACUCCAGAAAUCGGCAGUAAAAUAUGUUUAUCAGUUUAUACGCAGUAUUUAUAAAGUGUUGGAGAAAAGCCAGAGAACUUUUUGAUAUGUAAAUACAGGCAUGAGGAUCGAUUGAUUGUUGCUUAUUUUGUAUUGACUGUAGCAUUUAAAAUUUCGGUAAAUUUGUUUUGGAACACCGAGAAAGUGUGACCUUUGACACAGUGAAGAAAUGCGUUCUUAUUUCAUGAGUCUGUUGACUGCUAGUAAAUAGUCAGUAGUGACCCAAUUAUAGUGGCUGUGAAACCAAAAGUGCCGAAUAUAUAGUUGAAAACGAAUGCAGUCGCUUGAUUACAAUUAGCAAUAGGAAAAUGUUGUCUACUUAUUUAAAGUCGUUGGAUAUUACAUCUGCAAAAAGGAGCAGUGAAUUUAUUGGUACUAAAGAAGAGAACCCAUCAAUCAUAUUGGAAGAAAAUGUAUCCAAAUGGAUAAGAGUUUGUACAAUUGAAGAUCUAGAGGAAUGCCUUCAGAUAUUCACAGAAAAUGUUUGUGUGUGCAACUUUCCGGCAAGGUUUUCGCCACAGUUUUGGUUGGCUCAUUCUGCGCUCAGUGCAAUCUAUCAAGUCCUCUGUGGAUUUGUUGAACGACAAGCGGACGAGGACGUGCAGCACACUACUGACAAGAUGCUGUUUGAACUAUGGAAGAAUCUAAUCUCUGCUGGCCCAGGUUCCACACACCUUGAGAUGAUGACCAUCAUACUGAAAAACAGCUCGUUUCCUUUGUGGAAAUACAUGCAGACCAUUCAUGGCGAAACCCUCAACCAAUUGCUGACCACGCUUAAAACAGACUUUGUAUACGCUGAGGAUGUCAAGGCUGACCACUAUGCGACGCUGAUGGAGACUCACAUCGACACAAUUUUCAAACUCAUUCUAACUGAUGCUCAGGUGGAGGAGGCCCGGCGAGGUCUGAUGGAGCUGCACAUAUUCUACCUGACCCGGAUGAACCAUGUACCGCACCAUAUAGGGCCACGCCUCUCCCAUCUCUGUUUCCUCAUCUUCAACAGAUAUGAGCACGAAAAUCCAUUCCUUGGCCUCGACGACUGGGUUGUUUUACGAUACCAUCUGAAAUUUGUGAAGGACGUGAUUACGGAUCGGUCAUUCCGACCUGCAAGCGAGGCCCAGUACAGAGUUCCGAAAACGCUGGAAAAGAUAUUUCAGGCUGCAAUAUCUGACAAAAUGCUUGAACUCAUGUUUAAGGAUUUUAUGACGCUUUUACACACUAUUUGUAACAAUGCCAACAGCAAAAGGUGUAAAAAGUUGUUUGAUGUCUACAGAGAAUACCUUUUUGAACAAAUCGACGUUUCAAAAGACUUUGAGGAAACGCCACAGUGGCUACUGGAAAGUUGCUUGGAAACACUCAUUCUUGUUACCAAAACUGUCGGCAUGGAGAGCCAUAUUGAUGAAAUGAUCAUCUCCGCUGAACAAUUUUGUCUUCAAAGCUUUCCAAAGUUGAAGGGUAACCAAAUAUCACGAUGGCAAGAUUUGAUCACCAAUCACAUUGUGUCUGGAAGGUUGUUGUUGAUACAGGAAGCUACAAGACUUUUGCAUGAUCCUACGCUCACAGAAAACAAGGUCGUUUGUUUCAAGUCGCACAUGGAUCAAGGGCGUUUGCUGGUAGACAUUUUAGCUGACCUCCCAUGUGAGUUUAUGGAAAAAGAUGAGCAAGGAUCGGUGACGCCUGUGGUAGACAGCUGUGCCAGUUUUCUUGAUACGUUGCUGAAACAGUUAUGUGCACAUGAAUUGGAAGCACGGGUGAGAGAGAAUGUUCAAGAAUGUCUUAUCAAAUGUCUGGAACAUUACGUUCCUCACAAGUCUCCAAUCGCGUUGGUGUGCAUUCAGUCGAAAAUUGCAAAUAUGAAGGACACUUCUCUCUUAAAAGAUUUGCUAUUUAGUGUUGACAAAGUUUUGAAAGAUGCCAAUUGCCCCUCACAUCACCUAAAACUGACAGAGAUCUUGGAGACGAUAUUGAUGGAAUGCAAUUUGUUUUUCAGGACUAAAGGGUAUUUACCAGUUGAUUACAACUCUUUGAUGAAGUCUGUCAUCUUUUCAUGCAUAUCUGCGGAUUUGUCUUUGGGUGAAAGUCCUCCGGAUUCAGAGAGUUUCCAAAGAGCGUCAGCAUCAACAGAUAUGUACGCCAGCUUGUACGAAAAUAUAAUAAUGCCCUUUAUCAAAACGCACAAAGAAAAACAUACAUUGGACACUAUUAGUUCUGUGGUACAAGAAGUGAUGUAUGAGAUUCAAAACUGUAUUCAGCGCGAAGGAACCGGCUACAUCAGAUGUGUGCGGUUUUUGUCGGAUGUUGCCACCCUUUACGUUCCAAUCCUUGAGGAAUUUGCGAUUUCACUCGUUGACCUGUUCUUGCCAUGGGGGUGCUUUAUACUCGAUGAUGUUUUGCUGGCACUGAUGUUACACAAUUCUUCGGCUUUUAUUGGUGUCUUUCAACACAUUUUCAAUGAAGUUCUUGAAAUGCCACAGGAAGAAAAACACAGAGGUCUUAAAUUGAUCAAGCAAAUGUCAUCCUCUUGCAUUUCGAUUUUUGACCGAAGUCACUCCCAGGAACUUCUGAAUGUGUAUGAAAACGAAACCGAACAAAGCCAAAUACUUAUCUUGGAUAUAUUGUUCAAUAUUGCGGAGUAUUCACCUGCGUUGAUGUCAGGAUGCCUCGCUGAUUUAACGGACGAGUCAAAAUUUUGCUUUUGCAACUUUUCAAGAAGACUUCGCAUUAUAAGGAUUUUAAAAGAGGAACAUGAUGACAUGAUUGAUUUUGUGAUGAAGUUUGCGGAUAAUAAAGACGUUGAAACAGCAGAACAAGCUCUGAGAGAAGCUAAAAUGCUCAUAAAUGGCAAUAUCAAAUUAAUAAAUAAAUACAGGAAGAGGCUGAAAGGCGUGCAGAAAUCAAGUUCAAGCAAAAUCAUGAAGGAAUUAUGUGCUGAGAUGCUUCCGGAAAUUCCUUUGCAAAAAUCCACCAAUGUCGUCAAAGCUCCCCAAGGCCUGGUAGUGAAAAACCGAAGGAACGCAACAACUUCGGAUAAAAGUAAUAUCCAAAAAUCAAAUGUGAAAACACUGAAACAGAACAAAAGAACGGCAAAAGCUACUGAUUCCGACAAAACAAGUGUUGUCGAUGGUAAAAAAGAAAAUGGAAAUGCUUUAUUUGUCAAUUAUUCGUCUGUAAGCAAGGAUAUUGGUAAAACAGUGAACAUUGAAAAACAACCACUCUUAAAUGACGCCAGUAUUAAUGGCGCGAACAGCGAUAUCACACCGGAGAAAAACGAUACACUCGAGAUGGACAUGAAAACUCAAGAUUCACUAAAUCAGGAAACCGAAAGUGUUAAGAUGGUGUCUGAAAUCGGGCAUUUGAAAAUAUCGAAAGAGAAGGUUAAGACGUGUGCACCAAAAGAAGAAAGGAAUGAAAUAAACACCAUAGAUCGUACGCAACAUACCGCUGAUAUAUGUUUGCAUUGUAAUUCAUUUUCAAGGGCUAAAGCUCAGGACCUUUCAAUGUGUUUAGAGAAAUUUGGCUUCCCAAAUACUUUGCUCACCAAAGAUCAUAAUCUCAGAGACGUACAUGCGAAAUUAAUUGUGUAUUGCCCUUGUGAUGGAGAAAGAAAUGGUGAGGUGAUUUGGGAAAUCCUUGCACGGACUCCAUUUAUUGCCGUGAAACUACACAAUUCGGACUGGAUAGACCUCACAGAUGUCCAUGUUCCUGUGCUGGUGGGGUCGGUUAUUAAAGACAAACAAUACAUCCGCCUGUAUUCAAAGCCAGGAGAAAAAUGCAUCGAAAAGACAUCAUUUCCAGAAAACAAAAUGUCCGAACUUUUAAUGAGAUUAAACUAUAUGGGAUUUCACAGUUCGUCUGGCUAUGUGCAGAUAGAAAAGGACCAAUCAAAACAACCUCCUGCAUACCCAAGAAAUGUAUACCUUUCUUACCAUUGGUCCAAACAGAAUGCGGUACAACGCCUGUAUGAAGCACUUACAUCUGCUGGGUAUGGGUGCUGGAUGGGCUGUUUACAAAUUAGUGGUAGCGAUUCCUUAUACAACACAAUUGCCAGCGGUAUACAGGAAUGUCGCGUUGUUGUUGCCUGUAUUACCAAACAUUACCAUUUGUCAGAUGUAUGCCAGAGAGAAAUUGCAUUGGCUCAUAAUCUCGGCCGUCCUGUUAUUCCAGUGCUUUUCAAAAAUUCCUCCUUACCAAUUAAAGGCAACAUUGGUAAAACGUUUUUGGAUACAAAGCCGUUGAUUUUUAACGAGCUUAUUAGUGUUGACUCAAUUGCGAUGACGUCAUUGAAACAAAAGAUAAAUAACUGCAGUGGUUUGGAUGCAGGAGAGUUCAGACAAGAAUGUGAAGAUGAAGAUAGUAUGGAUGAGCUCGAAAAUGUCCGUGUUAUGCCAAUACUCGAGGUUAAACUCCCCGUCGAACGUAGAAAAGUUCAAAAGAGCAUGUCUUUAGCUCAUAUUGAAAGACACAAAGAGGCAAUUGAUAAGUUGCUACAAGAACGUCACAACAGUGAUGUUGAUUUUUAUUCAGAUGGACACAGAUCGUUGCGAUCGAAGUCAUGCACGAUCUUGUGACAUUUCCUCUUUAGCGACAUUGAUAAUUCAUUCUGUGUUUUGUUUUUGUUAAAUAUUACUGAAUAAUUUCUUUGUUCACAUUACAUCUCUCUAUUUUACACUUUGUAUUAUUUGCCUCGAUAACUGUUCCCGAUUUGAAGAUAUUUUUAAAUGCAUUUCAUGUUUGACCUUCCUGCAUUUCAAUCCCAACGUGUUUUUUUUCUUUAAUGAAGCUACCUCGAUUGAAGAUAUAUAUAUAUGUAUUUAAAUUUUGUUUUCAUAUUUACUAUUAUUUAGGUUAUA